AUGCAUGGGAAGGAACCAGACAACGUUAUGGAAUCUGCAGAAGAAGAGUUAAUUCAUUUUAAUGUCGGUGGCUGGUAUUUCUCAAUUCUCAAAAGUAAAGUUGCUCAGUUUCCUGAAUCUCUGUUGUGGAAAGAAUCUUCUUUACAAGAUCAGUCUGAAAAUCUAAGAUUAUUUAUUGACCAAGAUGGUUUUGUAUUUAGGCAUCUUCAUUACUACAUGCAGACCUCAAAGUUAUCUUUUUUCACCUGUGAUGAAUUGAAUCUAUUGUAUGAGCAAGCAUUAAUUUUGCAGCUGACACCUUUAUUACAGAUUUUAGAUAAUUUGAAGGAAGAGAAAUAUAAUUUACAUGUCCAGCCUGUAGAUACACCAGUAGCUGAAAGACCAUCUCUGAAUUACUGGAGAGCACGAGAAUGCACCAGCAAGCCAUCAGAGAUUCCUCCUAACAGUUCAGCAUUCACAGGGUUGCAUGAAAGAGCUCCCCUAGGGCUAGUGGAUGCACCCUUACUAGAUACAGAAGAUGAAGUGAAUUACUGUUUUUUGCCACUGGAUUUGGUGGCAAAAUAUCCUGUACUAGUUAAUGACGAGAAUUUGCUGUGGCUGCUUGAGAAUGCAGCCCUGAUCAAGUGUGAGCACAGUGAGUUCCGCUUCAUAGUUAAUUUUCUUCGCUCGGGGAAGAUGUUGUUGCCUGAUGACUUCUCCAACAUAGAUGCCUUGGAGGAAGAGGUUUUAAUUCUGGGAAUUCCUGAGCUUAUAGAUGCUGUGAAGACCUAUAGAGGUAAUAGAAUGUACAUAGCUAUGUGCAGGCGCUCGGGGGGGCGGCGGGGGGCGGCAGCGCCCGGAGGGCCCCCGCCCCGGUCCCCGCUCUACGCCAUGGCCCUGGGGCUGCUGGCCAGCUACCCCGAUUCGGCUCUGGGACAGCUCUGCGUGGGCAGCGACCUGCGCAGGAGCCGCCUGCACCUCUCCGGCAACGGCAUCCUCUUCCAGCACGCCAGGAAUUGGCUGGGAACUUGCCAACUUCCUCUCACCGAAAAUAUUUCUGAAAUCAAAGAGCUCUGUGCUUAUUUGGACCAAAGGGACACCACAUACGAACCAAUGAAAGAUGCUUUAAAAUGCUAUCUGAAACAGCAGAUGCCAGCAGAGAAUGGAUAUUAUGGGGCAGGCUGGACAGCAGAAGUAUCCGUGUGCUCACUCCAUCAGAUUGUGAAAGUUUAUGUAGGAAGUAACUGGUAUGAAACCUACCUACAGACUUUAUUGAAGUACCCAGAGCUGCUGUCAAAUGACAAGAAAGUCUGUUGGAUCACGUAUGGUCAAACUCUUCUAAUCUAUGGAGAUGGGCAAAUGUUUCAGCACGUUCUCAACUUUCUAAGACUUGGGAAAUUGUUUUUGCCAGCUGAAUUUAAAGAAUGGCCUCUCUUUUGUCAAGAAGCAGAGGAGUAUCAGAUCCCUUCUCUUUUAGAGGCACUUUAUCACUCUGAUGCAUACAGAUUGUGGAUCCAAAACAAUGAACUGCGCAAUGAAGUUUCUUCCCCAUGUAGAAGAUUAAGUACUGUGUCUCGGAAUGAAGAGCAUGAGUUCAGCAAAGACCUAAAAGAAGUGUACUCAUGUACAGCUGCAGAUUCCAGAAAAUGCUAUAUUAGUACGUGGAGUAAUGUAAAAGAUCUGAAGGGGAAGCAAGAGACCAGUGGAGCAAAGUAUUCCAAAAUGAUUUUGCGGACUAAAGGAACAAAGCGGAGGAAUACAUUUGGGGGAUACGACGCCCCCUCAGACAGCCUGGUAAACUCCGGCUUCUACCCGCAUUUGGUAAGCCCUCCAAGGAAGAGAGGAGUGAGGAGCAGUUUAACGGAGAAAGUAGAAAGUAAAGACUCAGCAAGUCCCAUCCAGAAAUUAAUUUCCCUGGUAAGGGACUGGGCCGCGGUGAGCCCGCAGGGGUGUGACUUCCAGCAUGUGAGAACACCUGGCGGCUGUCUCGCAGCGAGCGCGUCUCAGCGCGACGCUCCUGGAAAGGAGAGGGGUGUCAAAGCUCCCUUUGCUGCUGCUCCUGGGAAAAGAAGCUUUACAAUUCAAGGAAGCGAUCGCGUUACCCAGUGCGAAGCCGGGGCUGAAGGAAAGCAGCCGGAGCAGUACGUGUUCACACAGAGGUUGCCAGUUACUCCAAGUGCUGGAACGUUUCAGUUCAGCACCAUAAAAACUACUCCUGCAGUAGGAAACGAUGCAGAGAAUGUAAACAGGGAGCAGCCAGAAGGGAGUUUUUCCAGUGAAGGAAGAGACAAGACCUUGCAGGUGAAACUCAUCCCUAUAAAAGACAAAACCAGGGACAGCAAACAAACCGACGUCGUUCUGGCAGACCAGGGAAACGUGGGAUUGAUUCUGAAAGUUGAGCAUCCUCCGGUUUUAGGCAGGGAUGGCUUUUGCACCAACAGCGAAGAGAGUGUUGUUUACAGCGCCCGGCCGGCCGGCCGCCAGCUGGGCACUGCAGCCACUCAGGCACCACCCGAAGAUACAGUUUUUCUGACCUUUGCUCUCUCACGUGAGGAGAUAUUCUACGCCAGGAAGUGCCACUUUUUCCUGACGGAUGUCAUCCUGGACUCAGUAAGGCAGAAGGAUCCCAGAGAAAUCACAGCCAAACUCGGGACCCUGGUGAACGGGCUGUGGACUCAGCAGCUCACCCCCGGGGAGUUUGUGGCUGAUUUACUGAACAUCGAGUAUUUUAAAGGGAACAGAAGUGUUCACAAAGAGCUCCUUCAGUGGGUGGAAUUUACGCUGCCGUUUGCGUGGAAGUACAGCUGCUGCCUCGACUUACUGAUCCGGAGAGGGUUUGCUAGAUCGGUUUCAUACUUUGCCUUGGAAAUGUAA